GAAUGUAAAUCCACCAUUUUAGUAUAUAAAAUAAUUCAACAGUGGAUAAUUUGAAAAAUAUAAAAAGGAGUAAUAAUUUAGAAGAAAAACAUAAUCCAGUAAUGGAAAUUUGGUUUAUCAUCGUCGUCACUCUCUGUAUUGCUUUCUUGCUCAAAUCCCUGUUUGAUAUUAUCAUCUUCCCAGCAAAAUCCAACAAGAAACUCCCGCCGGGACCCUACAGUUUACCCGUGUUCGGUAGUUUAUUAUGGGCGGGAAGAUCCUUCGCGGACUUGGAACCCAUGCUCCGUAACCUUAAAGCUAAGUAUGGUCCACUCAUUACCCUCAAUAUUGGGUCUCGUCCCACCAUAUUCGUAGCUAGUCACUCUUUAGCCUACCAAGCUUUGGUCCAACAAGGGUCUGUUUUCUCUGACCGGCCAAGGGCUGGGCCCACCAGUGCUGUCGUUAGUAGUAAUCAGCGCAAUAUCAGCUCCGCUCCUUAUGGCCCAGUAUGGAGGCUUCUCCGUCGAAACCUGACUUCAGAAAUACUCCACCCUUCUCGCAUCAAGUCCUAUUCCAAAGCAAGAUCAUGGGUAUUGGGUGUCCUCCUUCAACAGCUUCGCGGCGCACAAGAUGAUUCCGUGAAGUUAAUUGAUCAUUUUCAGUAUGCUAUGUUCUGUUUGCUUGUUUUGAUGUGUUUUGGGGACAAACUUGAGGAGCCUCAGAUCAAACAAAUUGAAAAUAUACAGCGGAAAUUGCUCGUGGGUUUUACAAGAUUCAAUUUACUUAAUUUCUUUCCUAGAGUUGGAAAAAUAAUUUUUAAGAAUCGCUGGAAGGAACUCAUUGAACUACGACAAGAGCAGGAGAGUAUCUUGAGUCCUCUGAUUGAAGCACGACGCAGGGCCAAGGAACAAAAGCUCGAGCACGGUGAUGAAUUUGUGGUGGCUUAUGUGGACACUCUGUUGAAUUUGGAGUUGCCAGAGGAACAGAGAAACUUCAAUCAGGGAGAAAUCGUAACCCUCUGCAGUGAAUUCCUAACCGCCGGAACUGACACGACGUCCAAUGCCUUACAGUGGAUUAUGGCCAACUUGGUCAAAAAUCCUACCAUUCAGGAGAAGCUAUACCAAGAAAUUGCUAGUGUAGUGGGAGAAAAACAGAGUAAAUUGACAGAAGAAGUGGUGGAGGAGGAAAAUUUGCACAAAAUGCCCUACUUGAAAGCGGUGAUAUUGGAAGGUCUUAGGCGGCACCCACCUGGUCACUUUGUCCUACCACACAUGGUAACAGAGGACGUGGAACUGAAUGGCUACGUCAUCCCAAAGGAUGCCAUGGUCAAUUUCAUGCUUGCGGACAUGGCCUUAGACCCAAAUGUGUGGGAGGAUCCCUUGGAGUUUAAGCCAGAGAGGUUCUUAGUGGAAGGAUCAGAUGUCGAAGGGUUUGAUAUAACAGGAAGUAGAGAGAUCAAGAUGAUGCCAUUCGGCGCAGGGAGGAGAAUAUGUCCUGCCUCUGGGUUGGCUAUGCUUCACUUGGAAUACUUUGUGGCUAAUUUGAUUUGGCAUUUUCAAUGGAAGCCUGUGGAAGGAGAUGAUGUUGAUCUCUCGGAGAAUCUAGAAUUCACUGUUGUUAUGAAGAAUCCACUACGAGCUCGUAUCUGCCCCAGAAUUAACUCGGUUUGAAUUUGGAAACAGCAAAAGGAAAUAUGAUAAGCAAUAAGCUGUACAAGCUUCCACAGAUGCAAUGGUGGAGUAACCAUAGCAGGAAGAGGGCAUUAGAAUCAUUUAGCUCACUGCUUGAUGGGCAGUGCUAUAGCUUUUACUCUUGUGUUUGUCAAACCUAUUUUUGAGAAUGCUAUUCUUGAGCCGAGGGUCUACCGAAAGCAACCUCUCUACCUCACACACGGUAGGGUAAGGUUUGCGUACCCCUCACCCUCUUCAAACUCCAUUUGUGGGAUUAUACUAGAUAUGUUGUUGAUGAUGAUGCUUGAUGGGCAAUGCCUAUCUUUCUUCUUCUGUCCCAACUUUCUUUAAAGUUAACAAUGACUUGUAUUCUGUUGUGCAUAGUUCUACUUGUUAUUGCCUA